UACACACACACACACAGUGCUUGAAGGACACAGAGAGGACGGAAGGCAGCAGCUGUGGGUCUGUAUGCUUGUGGGUAGAGCUGAAAGAUCUGUGGAGCAUAAGAUUGAAAAACAGGACACAAGAUGGCAGAAGCUCACCAGGCUGUAGCCUUUCAGUUUACUGUGACCCCUGAUGGUAUAGAUCUACAGCUUGGACGUGAUGCUCUCCGACACCUCUACCUUUCUGGACUGAUUGCCUGCAGGAAACGCCUCAUCACUUUUAAGAGUUCAGUGCUGAGUGGAGUGUACCCUGCCAGCCCUUCUACAUGGUUUGCUGUGGUAGCUGUAACUCUUAGCUCCCUUUAUGGAAAGGUGGAUGUGUCAUUUGGACUCAUAACGAAGAUCAGCAGCCUUUUACCUGGACAGUCUGUCCUCACGCCUGUAUCUCGCACUGUAGCGAGUGCUGUUAUCUUCUCUUCUGGAGUUUGGGUCUCUGGAAUCCUUCUGUAUCGUCAGGUUCUGCGCAUGCUUCUUUCAUACCAUGGCUGGAUGUUUGAGCCGCAUGGAAAAAGAAGUUUGAAAACAAAACUUUGGGGAGGCUGUAUGAAGGUCAUGGCCAGACGGCAACCCAUGCUAUAUAGUUUCCAGAUGUCUCUUCCAAGGUUACCAGUGCCAAGUCUAGAGGACACAAUAGAGAGGUACUUACAGUCCGUCCAACAAUUGAUGGAUGAGGAAAAGUUCAGUCAAAUGAAAAGCUUGGCUCAUGACUUCCAGAAAGACCUUGGCCGAAAGUUACAGAAAUACCUGCAUCUCAAGUCUUGGUGGGCAUCAAAUUAUGUCAGUGACUGGUGGGAAGAGUAUAUAUACUUGCGAGGCCGAGGACCAAUUAUGGUGAACAGCAACUAUUAUGCUAUGGAUUUUCUAACCGUGUGUCCAACCACUAACCAAGCAGCAAGGGCAGGAAAUGCCAUACAUGCAAUGCUACUAUAUCGAAGAAAGCUUGAAAGGGGUCUGAUCCCUCCAGUCAUGGCUCUUGGCAUUGUCCCCAUGUGCUCCUAUCAGAUGGAGAGGAUGUUUAAUACUACACGAAUUCCAGGAGUGGAGACAGAUGUCCUCCAGCAUCUGGUAGAGAGUCGACAUGUAUGUGUGUACCACAAGGGCCGCUUCUACAGGCUGUGCCUAUAUGAUGACAGAACCCUGCUUAGCCCACGUCAGUUGCAAACACAAAUUCAACGCAUUCUUGAUGACCCAAGCCCACCACAACCAGGCGAGGAGAAACUGGCGGCACUCACAGCUGGGGAUCGAGUCUCUUGGGCUCAGGCUCGCUCAGAGUUCUUCAGUCACGGUGUAAAUCGGGUUUCACUGAGCUGCAUUGAAAAGGGAGUCUUCUUUGUUUGUCUGGACCCUGAAGCCUUAGGGUAUCAAGAGGAGGAUAAGAACUCUCUCAGUGUAUAUUCUAAAUCUUUGCUUCAUGGAAAUUGCUACAACAGGUGGUUUGAUAAAUCCUUUAGUCUGGUUGUGUUCAGUAAUGGAAAGUUGGGCCUUAAUGCUGAGCAUUCCUGGGCAGACGCUCCAGUCGUUGGACACCUGUGGGAGUUUAUGCUGGCCACUGAUUGCUUUGAACUGGGUUACGCAGAGAAUGGGAAUUGCAAUGGAGAUCAUGGCCUCUCAUUGCCUCCCCCAUACAGACUACAGUGGGAUAUUCCAACAAAGUGUCGUGAGGUAAUUGAACGCUCCUACUUCACAGCUAAGACACUAGCAGAUGAUGUGGACUUUAACUGCCUCCGUUUCACAGAUUUUGGGAAAGGACUGAUCAAAAAGUGUCGGAGCAGCCCUGAUGCUUUCCUACAAAUAUCACUACAGCUGGCUCACUACCGGGAUAAGGGGCACUUCUGCCUGACCUAUGAAGCCUCUAUGACCCGUUUGUUCCGUGAAGGUCGAACAGAGACCGUGAGAUCCUGUACCAAGGAAUCAUGUGAUUUUGUGAGGGCCAUGGAGGAUCCCAAUGAAACUAGAGAAAACCGUCUGGCUCUGUACCGGGCAGCUGCUGAACGUCACCAGCUCAUGUAUCGUUUAGCAAUGACAGGAAAAGGCAUUGACCGCCACCUUUUCUGCCUCUAUCUUGUGUCUAAGUAUCUGGGAACUGAGUCCCCCUUCCUUCAGCAGGUGCUGUCUGAACCCUGGCGUCUCUCUACAUCCCAGACUCCUCAACAGCAACUAAAAAUGUUUGAUAUGGAGAAAUUUCCAGAACAUAUAUCUGCUGGUGGAGGAUUUGGACCGGUGGCUGAUGAUGGCUAUGGUGUGUCUUACAUCUUUGCUGGUGAAAAUGUCAUCACCCUACAUAUUUCCAGUAAACUGUCCAGCCCUGAGACGAAUUCUCACCGUUUUGGACAAAAGAUCUGUCAGUCUAUGCGGGAUCUGGCUCAGCUUCUUACUGUACCUCCUCGUGGUGAACGGUAAACCACUGCCGCCGCUGUGGGAUCACAAUACACGUCACAUGAUUUGUUAUACUUUCUACUCACUUGAAAAUGUUAUCUGC